GUAUCAAAGGCAGCAGAGAGGUCUAAAAGUAGGAGUAUGGCUCUUCUACCAGCUCGGUCCAACAUGGGUCGCGUCAGAACUAAGACCGUGAAAAAGGCUGCUUGGGUCAUAAUUGAAAAAUACUAUACCCGGCUGGACAAUGACUUCCACACCAACAAGCAUGUGUGCGAAGAGAUUGCCAUCCUCCCUAGCAAAAACCUGUGCAACAAGAUCGCUGGGUAUGUCACACAUCUCAUGAAGCGCAUCCAGAGAGGUCCUGUCAGAGGCAUCUCCAUCAAACUGCAGGAGGAGGAGAGAGAGAGGAGGGAUAAAUAUGUUCCUGAGGUAUCUGCCCUGGAUCAAGAGAUCAUUGAGGUUGAUCCUGACACCAAGGAAAUGCUGAAGUUGUUGGACUUUGGCGGCAUGUCCAACAUGCAGGUAACCCAGCCCACCGUGGGCAUGAACUUUAAUUGUUUAAUUGUUUGUAUCAUAAUUUCCAUUAAACUUGGGGAAAACCAAAAAAAAAUAAAGUAUGAGUAUGGUGUAAUGGCCAUUGGUUUUAGAAGUUAG